AUGAACGGAGUAAUUUCUUUAGUGCUGCUGGUGGCAGUUUUGGCCACUCUAGAUGUUGUCCUAGGUAAACCCAUGGGCAACGUCAUAGAUUUGGACAAGUAUUUCGAGGAGGCAGACACCAAUUCCAACGAGCGUGUGGUUGGAGGUUAUGAUGUACCCCAGGAUGAGUAUGUUCCCUACCAGGUCUCCAUGCAAUUCCUCACUCGCAGUGGAAAGCAAAGGCACUUCUGUGGUGGUUCGCUGAUUGCACCAAAUCGCGUUCUUACCGCUGCUCACUGUGUUAAUGGCCAGAAUGCCAGUCGAAUUAGCGUUGUAUCAGGAAUCAGGGAUCUGAAUGACAGCACAGGAUACCGAUCCCAAGUGCAGUCCUACGAGAUGAACGAGAACUACCAGGAACUGGUGACCAGUGACAUUGCCAUUCUCAAGAUCGAUCCACCUUUUGAAUUGGAUGAUAAGCGAGUGUCCACCAUCGAUGUGAGUGGUUCGGAUUUGGUGGGAGCCGAUCAGGAGGUUCUGCUCACUGGAUGGGGAUCUGUCUUCCACUUUGGAACAGGACCCUUUGCCAAGUAUCCUACUGUACUACAGAAACUGAACUACAAAACACUAAGCAACUCCAAGUGCAAGGAGACAAUGACCCAACUGACGGACACUGAGAUCUGUGCUUUGGAGAGAUUCGGCAAGGGAGCUUGUAAUGGAGACUCUGGCGGUCCUUUGGUCAUGAAGAGUGGUGAGUCCUACAAGCAAGUGGGAGUGGUCUCCUAUGGCACUGCCUUUUGCGCCUCCAACAGUCCUGAUGUCUACACCAGAGUGUCCAUGUUCGAUGGUUGGAUUAAGGAAAGAAUGGCUUAA